AUGUUGCAUUUUGUAGGUAUCAUAAACAGAAGGUCUCCUAUGUUAUCCCUGUGUUUGUUGAUAAUUGGAAUGUAACCUUUCCUCAGACCAUGUCUUCAUCCCAGUUAAAAUUCUUUAGGCUCUGUAAGAGUCUUAAUCUGACAAGAAACUACCAGGUGCUGCAAACUCCUAGUGGAUGGCGGCACUUUAGUUCUCUGGGAAAACAGAUUCUGAAACCAGUUGUGGAUUCUAAUGAUUCUCAGAGCAAGGAGAGAACUUCUGGAACAAAUUUUCAUAAUGACAAUCCGGGAAUUCCAACUAUACAUCUGAAGCCAUUUCAGAAACGCUAUCUCCUCCUAGCUUUAAAACACAAGUCAAUCCAUGAAAUUCCCGAUGAACUAUCGGUAGCGCAGAUCAACACUCUGUACGUGCGAGCGAGAAUCACCCUGAAUCUGAUACUGGCGGGCUGCGUGCUGAUUUUGUGUGUCAUCACUGUAUCUCUUGGCAAGAGCGACUCCGAAAAGGGAGUAACUAUCGAAAAAAUCAACCUCGAUUGGCACCAAAAGAUCAAAGCAGAUAAUGCGAAUGAACAAGAGCAAUCCAAAGCUGGUAGACCUGCUGAGGGUUGAUGUCAGUAUCCCCACAAACUCUUGUGCAUAGAAUGCUUGCAGAUCAAUGAACUUGCCAUUCAAAAAACCUAUAUAUAUUUAUAAUACGAGUGUUGAUUGCUAAAAUUUUAAUAUUGUAAGUAUGCGUGCAUUUCACAGUUGAUCUAUGGGAUAUGCUCGUCGAUAUACCGUCGGCUUUCGUGUAAUAUAUUUUGUCAUUGGCUACAAAUAUUACGCUGUAGGCCUCUCAUAAUUAAGUGAAAAUUACCCGUGUCUUAUUGAUGCACUACUGUCGUAAUGAACAGAAUGUGUAGAUUUUAAAUAAAUGAACUUGGGACACUCUUUGUUUGCGUUGAUGGAAAUUACUGUAUAAUCGAAUUUUGCAUUAAAGAACCUUACAACGAU